GAGACACGCCCCCCCGCCGGAUCACACUAUCCUGCUGCGCGGCUGCGCGGCGCCCUCUGCUGUUUACAACUGGUAGUGAACUUUAGGGACAGAGAAGGCUUUAGCUUUCAUUUCCUAUCCAAUGCUGCCCUCGUGUGGACAUUUUCUAGAACGGCAGUCAAGUAGAUGAAAUGAUUGUUAAGCAAUUUUGCUUCAUAAAGUCGAAUAAAACAUGCUGAAUAAUGUCACGUUAGCAGAUUGAGUUACACACCGCUUGAGUUUUCCAUCCAUUUUAAUACAACAGUCGGUGUGAAUGUUGGUUAUAUUUGUAUUCAAUUCUGAUUAUUGCAAUUACGUUGCACGAGGGAUAAAAGAGUCGUUCGUCUGUACCGAUUUAAGUUGAAGGAAAUAAAAAUGAACAGUAACUUCUCCACUAAAUAGCUCGGAUGGGAAUAAUAUUCUCGUUGUGUAGAAGUGAGAGCUUCUUAUUAUUAAGCGUUUAUUAAUGUGCUCCUUUUUUUUCGAUUGCGCUGGCAGUGCCUCUGUGAUUUUUCGUGGCUUGCUACGGCCUUGCUGCAGUAAGGGGAAGGUCCUGAAUUUAACCGCGUUUCAUCGUGCAAGCUGAUCGAUAUGAACACAGAGUAAAACCUCGUUUACAGGACGUUUCUAGUGGAGCACAUCGUGGUACAGAAACGGUGUACAGCAGCGACAGUGAGUCACACGUUUUCAUUUUACAGGGCUUCGAAGCGAGGGCUUUCACCGUCCACGGUCUGACAGUCUCGUUUGAGAAGCCGGAGGAACCACGCAACACCCGAAACCGCGGCUGCAAGCGUGGGUCCAGCGUGCAUCUUUUACUUUGCUUUGUUCGUUCGUUUUUUUCAUAUCGACUUCAAUAAAGAUUAGCCGCGAGCUGAAACGUUGCACGGCGGUUUGCAGCAAAACCGGGGCGUGCCUCCUUUGCACGGUCGUGAUUGGCUGGGCUUCGGCGGGUUUCUUCCGGAAGUGGGCGGGUUUUGACGGAGGUAGAUAAACUUGCAGCGUCACUUUGGCGCCAAUCUGCUUCGAGUAGUCGAAGAAGUUGCGCGGAAAACGAGAGCGAUUGAAAAUGAGUUUCACGUCAAGGCACCUCAACUGCCCGCUGGAAAGAGCGCUUUUUAAGGGGGAAGGCUCCUCCGGCGGGUCCAACAAAACCUGCCGAGAGCCGCUGUAUCUGGUUGCGUUGGACAGGUACAAGGCAGACUCAGAGUCGAAAAGGCUUUUCCCCGAAGUGUCCCCCUAUCAGAGUUUUCUCUACGACGCCACCAUCACGGACGGCGACUGCAGGAUCCGGGCGAUGCUGCACCCGAGGCUGGGCCAGCUGGUCCGGGUGAACGAGCUCCGCUGCGGCUCGGAGCUGCACCGGGCCGAGUUCACCGUGGAGUUCGACGAGAAGCGUCUGGGGCCCGGCAGGGUCAAGUUCCAGCUGGUCGGCGCGGAGGUGGAGAACGGGCCGGAGGGCCCGGUGCUGCAGCGCCUCCGGGGGCAGAGCUUGGCGGCGCUGCCGUGGCUCCGGGGCGAUGGCGGAGUCGGGGGUCUCGCCCUGGCGCCACUGAAGGCACGCAGGUCCUGUUACCUGCCUCUCUGGAACUGCGAAGACUAUUUUGGAGACAUCUGGAAAAAGAAACCGCCUUCAACCGAGCCUGCAAAUAACAGAGCACGGCAAGGCAGCUCAAGCCUGCGGUUCAUCACUCUGAGACAGGCAAGGACAGCCUUCAUUAACAACUGCAGGCGGAACCUCGGGACAGUGGGGAACCGCUGGACACUGGGGAACCUCAGGACACUGGGGAACCGCUGGACACUGGGGAACCUCGGGACAGUGGGGAACCUCGGGACACUGCUGGUCCGAGUGAUGAAGAAAUCCCGCCUCCGCCAUUACGGGAGGGUACAGCAGAACUCGGAGUGCCCUUACCAGGCUGAGUUCCAGGUGGCAGACAGGUCCGGUUCUGCCUCUAUGAUCCUCUGGAACUCACUCUGCCUCAAUUGGUUCAUCUGUUUGGAACCGGGAAUUGUUCUGAAGCUCCAGAACUAUCGAGUGAAGGCAACCUACUCUAGCAGAAUGGGAACAGGGCAGGAGAGCGAGGACCAAAUAGAGAUAGAAAUCAACCUCAACUCACAAAACCCCUCUGCCAUCAUCAGCAUUAUCCCGGAGGAAGCUGUGCAGACAGACUGGAAACUGCCCUCCCUCACCUUUAAGUUCCACAGAAGGGAGAAGCUGGAUGUCGUUCCCAACGGAACCAUCUGUGAUGUCAUCGGGCUUGUGACAUUCGUUGGCCGGCCGGAGAGAGUGCUGAAGAAAGGAGGGGACUUUAAUGAAUUUUCGGUGUACCGUUGGGUGUAUAUGGAGGAUGGGUCGGGAGACGCCCCGAUUGUCCUGAAACUUGAGUCCACUAGCCAGCCAGAGCUCCACACACAGCUCCACCCAAUGCUCGUACUCGUGUGCACCAACGUCCAGCUCACAAGCACCAGUAACAAGGCAGAGUUGUACGUGACCAGCACUACAAACAGCCACGUCUACCGCAGAGGGCAGCACAGAGGCAGGCCUUACACCACCCACCCUAAGGUCGUGCAGUUUAUCCAGUGGUUGAAAACCUUGAGCGAAAAGGAGGAAGUGACAAAGAUUGUACUUGGAGGAUAUUUCAGCUUCCCGCCCCUCCCCUCCAGCGUGGAACAGUAUCUUGAGGAAAGGAACGGGGAGGCCUGCUUGUCCAGCAUGGAGGAGCUGAAGGGGCACGUGUACAGAUUGCAGUACCAACAGCACAGGCGCUUCACUGUCCAGGCAACGAUCAUAGCAGUGUGCUACUGCCCCCUAGGACAGGAGGAGGUGUGCUCGCCUCCCAGACAGAUGAAUGUCCAACCCAACAUAAGCUCAGACCGGUCUCCAGAAAUCCCCUCCCAGGCGAGGCAGAGCUCUAUGAAAAGGCCACUGGAAGACCCAGGGACAGUAUCCACUGCACCAGUAAAAAGGCCCUCUCUGCCCCCCAGGUCCAAAGCCAUGCAGGAAGUCUUGACCCCACCGUCUAGCCGCAGUAGUACAGUUAAGGUUUUAGAUACAUUCUGCAAUGAGUUUGAGGACGAGGAGUUAGUUGCAGCCUUAGAUGAAUACUUAGAAGAAAGCAACCCCCUGGUCUGGUGCGGCCGCCGCUGGCACGGGGAGAGGCUGGGAGGGAUGACAGCACUCCCCGAGACUGUACCCCGCUAUGGCAGCUACAAUAAGCUGGAGCUCCACACCCAGGCAGCUGGGCUGCAGCCUGCCUGCUUCGAACACACCCUGUCUGAUCCGGUCAAAACGCUGGAGAGCUUCCCCAGCAGCAUCGCGGGAUACUACCGCUUCACCAUCCUGGGGCUGAAUGAAAGUUUGGCGAUAGAAACCAUCUUCAUACCCACAAAGCAUCUGAGCCUCAGCCCUGAACCUUACGAGAACAGCCUGGCGUCAAUAUUGGUUCACGGAGGAUUCUCCCCCAGCACACCCUGCCCCACUCCAGAGGAGCUCAUUGCUUCAGCAUCGGAGCUGGCCCACCAGCACUUCCUGUUCGUUCUAGACAUCAGCAGCCAGGGUGUAGGGAGGCUGGAAGUUGUCCUGAACCGGGCCUACCCCUGCCCCACUCUACAGCCCUGAACCUACCCCUGCCCCGCUCUACAGCCCUGAACCUACCCCUGCCUCGCUCUACAGCCCUGAACCUACCGCUGCCCCGUUCUACAGCGCUGAACCUACCCCUGCCCCGUUCUACAGCGCUGAACCUACCCCUGCCGUGGGCUACAGCGCUGAACCUACCCCUGCCCUGCUCUAUAGUCCUGAACCUACCCCUGCCCCGCUGUACAGCCCUGAACCUACCCCUACCCCUGCCCCGCUCUACAGCCCUGAACCUACCCCUGCCCUGCUCUACAUAGCUGAACCUACCCCUGCCUCUACCUGCUCUCCAAAGAAGACAGAGAUACAAGUUUUGGUAAAUUUGGUAAACCUUUCUUGGUAACUGUUAACAAUUACCAAUCAAACUUAAGAUUGACGAGAUUUGCACUUCACAGUGAUGCACGCAGCUCUGAGUCUCGCGGUGAAAGCUGUUUCGAUACACUUCACAGUGAUGUUUCCUUGUCUUUGAUGUUUUUUGUACUGCCAUUUGAUAUUUUUGAUAAAUGUUGCGUUAUUUUUUUUUUUGGUUUGUUAGUGGGGUUUUUUUUUUUUUUUUGAAAAUGUACGACUGCAGCAUGUUGCAAAUAAUAAUUCUGCGGAAAACGACAAUUGAACUCCACUAUAAAGUACCGUUUUUGAUGGAUGUUAGUUAAACAUUAAGGUUCUAUUGAGUUUGUUCAUUGUUGUCUUGCUGAGGUAGUUCCAUUAAUCACGUUACUAAUUGAGCACGGGAGAGCGUCCCUCAGCCAGUCGGAGGGCUGUCCCAUGUUCCAGUUGCACCCAGUCUCGGCCACGGCCGCUGCUUUGCCUGUUCGUUUUUGUCGACUCUGGGAGAAGAAAGCAGGCUGUUUGUCCUGGUUUAGAGAGGCCUGAUCUGUAGCCUUAUUUGCUGUUUUGUAACUCAGUAUUUUCAGAGAUUGUGAUUGUUGUAAAGCACUGGUGUUAAGAAACUGUUAAGAGCUUCGACGGGUUCUGGGGCACCCCGAGCCCCGAGAAGCCCUUCGCAGGUUCAUUACUCACCCUGAGCUUCCAUCUCAUUAUAUAUGGGGACUGUAGUAAAUGACAGGUGGCUGUGGAAUUUUUCCACACCUUGUUUUGAAUAAUGUCACAAUGUUUUCCUUUGCGUUUUGUUUUCUUGUCCCUGAAUAAAACUAUCCAGUCUCACUGACAGAUACAAAUCUCAAGUCUGCCUUUUGUCUAUUUGUUUAGAAUUCGGACAGGGUGAUGACGUCACUGUGAUCCAUUACAGGCCACGGCAGUGACGUCACAGUCUCAUUACACACGCAUGAUAGCAGUAACUCUUAUUUCAUCAAGCUCUAUGGGAGAUUACAUCUCUCCAUAUGAAAAAAUACCAUAAUGAUGAUCAAUUAAAUCUGUGUUCAGCAAAUCAAAAAAGUAUGUAGUCUGAUAACACCAGUUUGAUCUCUGGUACUUUCAAAACAGUUUAGCACUAAUUUUCAGAGCGAUUUGCACCCCUGGUUAACCUCACUGUCAGGAGUUGGGAGCGUGCUGCAAUGCAACGUUUUGCUUUAGUCUCUGUCCUGCGCGCCCUGGCUGGGGUGACGAGGUACGGGAGAACCUGCUGACCCUCUGGCUGGAGCGGACUGAACGACAACAGAAGGGAUAGAGGAGCCGUUCACUUGGAAACCCAGUGAACAAUAACUAAUAAAGUGAACAGUGACUAGUAAUGAGAUGCCUGUGCUUGUAAAUCAGUGAAGCUGCUCUGCAAUAGGAGUCUACCUGCUCCUAGAGUCAUGAUAACAGUGACAUGGAUGGAAGUUGUUAACAGUUCAAUGUAUCAAUAAUAUGAACAUGUUUUAAUCAUAAAAGGGGGUGGCUUAUUCUGCAUUGUAU